CAAUUACACCAGCUUAUGCUUAAACCCAAAGCAGUUGAUGAAGACAAGUAAAAAUUUACACCUUUAGGCCUGGGGAGGAAAGACUAUGACUUCAGACUUGGACUCCAGUUUGACCAGUAUUGACUGGCUGCCCACACUGGGAAUCAGCAGUCUGCGCUCUGGAAAGGAGCGAGGAGAACGAGCAGGAAAGAAAGGAAAGGAGAGAGAAGUUCCCUCGUCAUUUCCAUCAUCCUCUCCCUCUCAAAUUAAAGGGAAGCCCCCCCACAGCUACGCUAAUCUCAUUGCUAUGGCAAUAGGGGCAGCCCCCGACAAGAAGUUAAGCUUGAACGACAUAUACACCUGGAUCAGCGAACAGUUCCCAUACUAUAGUAAGGGAGGGAGGGGCUGGAAGAACUCCAUUCGCCACAAUCUCUCCCUUAACAAAUGUUUCCGCAAAGUUCCUCGCCCCCCUGGGGACCCUGGAAAGGGCUCCUACUGGACAAUGGAUUCGCCGCCAGAACACGUGACGCGUUCCCCAUCGAGCGGAAACAAGCGACCUUAUCCUUCAGAGGAAAAAGAGGUGGUCCGCCAGGGGCCUGUGAAGAAGGAAGAGGAGGUGGUACAUUCGGUGGAGAGCGAAUCCUUCUCUCCUUCUGCCUGUAAGAAGCGGCCUCCCCCUCUCCCAGCGCCCGUACCUCCAGCCUCCCUCCCAUCGCACCCCCCUGCCGAUCCCCUGGCGCGGUUCUCCUUCGCUGACCUCAACCUCCCCGACCUGUAUGCCUCCUUCCAGUCCCUCUGCAGGACAGUGAGAGAGAGAGUCACCUCGCAGUCUGACGCUGCUCCUUUUGUUGGGACGUCCAGCGACCAGACUCCCCUCCACACCCCAACUCUCCCUCCGCUCUCGCCGCACCACUGCCCACCUGAAGCCGGCAGACCAGAGCCCACCAGUGUAUUACCAGCAGACUGGUUCAGCACCACAGAUUCCCUGAAGGAGAGUUUCCGCAUCGCCAGCAACCUGGACUGGGCCAAUAUUGACCUCUCAAAUUAUCCUGAUCUGGUGGAGAGCAUGCGUCAGGCGGAGGUCUGCGACUGGGCCCUGGACCCUGUGCUCUUCACCUCGCUCUGCGAUUCGCUGAACCGCUUCUUCACUCAGAAGGGCCUAAUAGGCUCCGCCCCCAGCCCCAACGUCACCGUGCCUCCCUCGAUCCCUCAACCUCUCAAUCAGUCCGUUAGCAGCCCUCCCUCUCUAAGCAUCCUGUCCCACCCGUCUCCACUGACAGCCCCUCCCCCGCUGCCAACCACCGGUGGUCCUCAACCGUUGCUACCCAGGAGGGCCGCGCCACCUCAGCACGUCCCUCAGAGGGCGCCAGCGCCCCAGCCCGCCCACAACAUACCUCUACCAUCAGACACACAUGUCCAGCCUCAGCCUUUGCCCCCAAGUAGCCGACCUCCGAUAAAGAAUAUGCACAGCAACAGCGAGGAGAUCCAGGACGACUUCGACUGGGAUUCGCUGAUCGUCUGAAAGACAGCCUUUCGACAGUACCGGACACUAGGACCUUUUCACACCGGUACUGUACUCUCGCACAGUCUUUGCACUGAUAACGAAGAUACUGUAUGUUUUACAGAUUUUGACUGAUCAUUUCAUACGUUCAUAGGAAAACACUUGAGGGGAUUGUGAUCUUUCACUUAUUGCUGUAACACACAAUGUUGUAAUGCCUUUUAACAGUAACUUUCUGCACCAUCACAUGAGCUUUAUCAUAUACAUAUAAAUAUAUAUAUAUAUAUAUAUAUACAUACAUACAUACAUAUAUUAAGUCUAACCCUCACUAACAGGAUGUUCUCUCUACUCACUAUGUUUGUUUUUAUUAUAGGCUGCCAUAUUUCAAUACAAUUUUGCAACAUUUAAAAUGUUUUCUAUUCCUAUUAAUUGCCGAAUAAAACAAACCCCCUUGUUGCACAGAGUGAUAUUUCUGCAUUAAAGUAAUGAGUAUCAGCGUACUGACUGAGCUCUUAUGUGUAUUCAAGCAGAGACUACAGGUGUAGUUGUAAU